UCGCUUCCGCCCAGUGAGCCCGCCGGCUUCCCGGGAAGCGUUGUGUGGAGCCGGCGCGCGUCGCUGCGGUCUCUUCCCGCCUAGUUCGCUGGUCCCGGGAGGACCCUGCUCCCUUCCUCCCGCUGUGGCCAUGUUCGUCCCCUGCGGGGAGUCGGUCCCCGACCUCGCGGGCUUCACCCUCUUGAUGCCAGCAGUAUCUGUUGGAAAUGUUGGCCAGCUUGCAAUAGAUCUGAUUAUUUCCACACUGAAUAUGUCUAAGAUUGGUUACUUCUAUACCGAUUGUCUUGUGCCAAUGGUUGGGAAUAAUCCAUAUGCAACUGCCGAAGAAAAUUCAGCUGAACUCAGUACAAAUGCCGAAGUUUAUUUAUUGCCUUCACAGAAGCUAGUGGCUCUUCAGUUACGAUCCAUUUUUAUUAAGUAUAAAUCCAGGCCAUUUUGUGAAAAACUGCUUUCCUGGGUAAGAAGUGCCGACUGUGCCAGAGUUGUUGUUCUCUCGAGCAGUCAUUCAUAUCACCGCAAUGAUCUCCAGCUCCGAAGUACUCCUUUCCGAUACCUACUUACCCCUUCCAUGCAUCAAAGUGAUCAAGAUAAAAUAAAGAGCCUUAACUGGGAAGAAAUGGAAAAAAGUCAAUGCAUUCCUCAAAUAGGGGAUUCUCAGUUUUGUAUCCGUAUUCCUGGAGGAGGUAUCACAAAAUUACUCUAUGAUGAAAGCUGCUCUAAAGAAAUCCAAAUGGCAGUUCUGCUGAAAUUUGUUUCAGAAGGAGACAAUAUCCCAGAUGCAUUAGAGCUUGUCGAGUAUCUUAAUCAGUGGCUUCAGAUCAUCAAACCACAUAGUGAUGACCCCACAGCAUCUGCCUUGCCAUGGAAAAUACCAAGUUCUUGGAGAUUACUCUUUGGCAGUGGUCUUCCCCCUGCACUUUUUUGAUCAGUUUUCAGUUUUACACCUUAUGUUCCAAGCUACUAUUACCAGUACAACUGUUAAACAGUCUCUAUAAAACUUCAUAUUACCAGGGAAUGUGUUAGGAAAUAAGUAUUUACUUUUCACAGAAAAAGGGGUCACCGAAAGGGGGGUUUUGCUAUACUUUUCAUCAUAGACAACAAAUGUAAAUUUUGUACAAUAAAGUGUUUCUUAAUUUA